GGGCGUAGGUCAGCCGGGCGUAGGUCACCCGGGCGUAGACAUUCGAUGAAGUAGGCGAUUCGGGCGUAGGUCAGCCGGGCGUAGGUCACCCGGGCGUAGACAUUCGAUGGAGUAGGCAAUUCGGGCGUAGGUCAGCCGGGCGUAGGCCACCCGGGCGUAGGUCACCCGGGCCUGAGCCGAGGCGGACGGCUGUUCCGCUAACGGCGACGAUGUCGUUCCGCCGGCCUCGACACAGGGCAUGGAUCUCGAUCGAGGCCCGACCGACGCCGCCACGAGGCGUCCCUCUCACCCCGUCUUGCCUGCCCUGCCACUGGGUGACGAUGUCGAGGCGGACGGCUGUUCCGCUAACGGCGACGAUGUCGUUCCGCCGGCCUCGACACAGGGCAUGGAUCUCGAUCGAGGCCCGACCGACACCGCCACGAGGCGUCCCUCUCACCCCGUCUUGCCUGCCCUGCCACUGGGUGACGAUGUCGAGGCGGACGGCUGUUCCGCUAACGGCGACGAUGUCGUUCCGCCGGCCUCGACACAGGGCAUGGAUCUCGAUCGAGGCCCGACCGACGCCGCCACCAGGCGUUCCUCUCACCCCGUCUUGCCUGCCCUGCCACUGGGUGAUACGAUCCCAAGCCAGGUCGUCGUGGACGUUAUGCGAACGCCCCCUCUUGGAUCCCACCGAAGUGUGUCAAGGGUGUCGUCAGGCCGGCCGUCAGUCGCAGUGAAGCCACAAAUGGAUGCCACUACACUGGAUGACACUGUUCAAGAGUCGGAUGAUCCUGGUGACACCGAAAAUGAAGAUGGCGCAGACAGCUAUGACGAUCCUGACGACGAUCCUGACUACAGUCCUGACUCGGAUUAUGAAAUUCCGGCUUCGGUGGUUUCAUCCGACCUGCCACGCUACCCCGGACUGGAGUCAGACCCCUCAGCACCUGUCGCGAGGAUUACAAGAAGAGCGGUGGGUGACAGUCACGUGUCCGAGGUAGGAACUGGGAGUGCGGGUCCAUCGAGGCUGGCCGCUGCAGGGACUGAGUCGAUGAGAUCGGCAACGGGCGAAUUAUGUCCGGUGGCUAGAACUUCCAACUGUCCAGGACGACGUCGAUGGGACAGGCGCAACGUUUGUUUCUUUUGCGAGCUGCCACAGGCUAAACUUACCAGACAUCUACAGCGAUCGCAUGGGACGGAGACUGACGUGCAACUGGCGCUGGUGCAUCCGAAGCACUCCGCCGAAAGGAGGAAAGCAUUCAGUGACCUGAGGAAGAAGGGAAACUAUCGCCAUAACAUUGCUGUACGAUCGGGGGAGAAGAAGGGAGAACUAAUCGCCUGCAACAGGGCUCGAAUGACCAGGACGGGGCGAGAUUUUGUGGCCUGUGGCACUUGCAAAGGGUUUUUUGUUCGUAAGACCCUAUGGCGGCACGUACGUAUCUGUAACCCUUCAGAAGGAGGGCGAGUCCAGGCCCGUGCCAGGGCACAGAUGCCGCCAACUGUCGCCUGUUCGGCAAAGCUCCAGAAGAUCCUCUCCUCAAUGUGUAUUGAUAAGGUGUCACUUCUAUGCAAAACGGAUGAGAUGAUUCUUUCGCUCGGUGAAUGUCUGUGUGCCAAGCAUGGCGAGGAGGCCAAGGACAUCCAGAACAUAAGAAACCGAAUGAGGGAGCUGGGGCGGCUAUUGGAGUUAUUGAGGCAGGACGAACCGGAGGUAAACCUCCGAGACUUCAUCAGGGCUGGGAGCUUUUCGCAGCUGACUGCGGCUGUUCGCGAACUCUCAGGCUUCCAUCCCGGGACAAACAGAUACAGCACCCCUUCCUUGGCGAUAAAGGUGGGGCAGAGUCUGAAGAUGUGUGCUGAUCAGCUCCUCGCCUCUCAGAUCGAGAAAAGUGAGGACACGAGCGAGACUCGAGGGUUCCUCGAACUCUACGCCCUUCAGUGGACAAAGCGGGUGGCGCGACACGCGAUGGUGACGCUGGAAGAGGACAGGUGGAACAGGGAGGAUGAGAUGCCGGUAGCAGCUGACAUCCAAAGCGUCCACCGCUACCUGGACGAAGAAACGGCCAAGAGGACAGACGAACUCAGAGAGGUCGCUACUGCCAAGGCGUACAAGAAUCUGUCGGAGCUGGUGCUGGCGAGGCUGAUCAUGUUCAAUCGGAGGAGACAGGGGGAGGCGUCGUCCAUGACGGUGGACGCCUACCAGAAGGCCAUCUCAAACACCAACGGCAACCCUGAAGUGGCUAGCGCCCUAACCGAGUUUGAGAAGCAUCUGGCGGACAAUCUAACGAGAGUCGUGGUGCGGGGAAAAAAGGGGAGGGGCGUGCCUAUACUGCUCACUCACGAUAUGCGUGCGAGCAUCGAGCUGCUGCUGAAAUGUCGAGGUGCGGCAGGGGUCGGCGCGUCGCGAUAUGUCUUCGCCAACAGUAUGUCGGCGGAUGACAGGCCGCUGCGCGGAUCUGACUGCCUCCGCAAAGUCGCGGUAUCUAGCGGAAUUCACAAACCGUCCCUUCUGACAUCCACCAAGCUCCGCAAGCAUAUCGCCACCCUCUCGCAGGUCCUAAACCUGAAAGACAAUGAACUGGACCUCCUGGCCACGUUUCUUGGCCAUGACAUUCGUGUCCACCGCGAGGUCUACAGAAUGCCGGAAGCUACUACUCAGUUGGCUCUAGUGAGCAAGCUGCUGAUGGCGUCUGAGCGGGGGAUAGUAGCAUGGAGGGGGAAAAGCCUGGCGGAGAUUCGACUGGAGGACAUACCGAACGAGCCCGAGGACCUUGCAGACGAGAAUCAGGACAACACUGACGACGAGGUGGACGACGAUAUCCAGAGUCGGCCAGAGCCAGAGAGUUCACAGUCCGCAGUACAGUCCAGUACGCAGUCCGCAGUCCGGAGUCCGACACAGUCUCGUGAUUCAGAACCGCCAGUCACGACCCGAGCACGGAUAUCCAAGCAGCAACGGGCACCUGUGAAGAGGAAGACAUGGACGGCAGACGAAAACAGGGCUAUAAACUCGAGAUUCAAGUCCUUUAUAGAAAGGCACCAGGUACCCGGAAAGGCGGACUGCGUCAACGCCAUCGAAUGUGAGAGCGCACUCUCGGAGAGAUCGUGGACGGAUGUGAAAAACUGUGUAUACAACCGGAUCCAGGCCCGAAAAAAGUGGGCCCAGUGAGUAAGACGCUCCUGUAGGGUGAAAGGGCGCAAGUGUACUUAAGUACAUCUGACUGAACGGACACUACGCUACACCGAGCUUAACUGACGUCGUUGAACUGACCAACGUUUUUGGAGUUGCUAAGAGUGCAACAUCAUUAGUUGCUAAGAGUGCAGAUGCCGACGUUUGUCAAUUAGUGUGAUGCUAAUAUGAUGCUUAUCGUUCGCUGCUGUUGCUUUAAUGCUUCCAGUUUUUUAUUCAUCAGCUGCAAAAAGUUAGGCAGCUGUGCAGUGCUGCUAGUCGUGAUCGCUAGUCGUGAAAUGCGAUUUUGCUAAAAGAUCCGUUUAUUAAGUCACAUAGAUGGGUUGACUGAGCAAUAAAGGGAUGCUGUUGUUG